AUGGCGCCUGUUUCAUUGCCUCCAGGGUUUAGAUUCCACCCCACCGAUGAAGAACUCGUUUCUUAUUACCUCAAAAGAAAGAUAAAUGGUCGUAAGAUUGAGUUGGAAAUCAUCCCUGAAGUUGAUCUUUAUAAGUGUGAACCAUGGGACUUGCCAGGGAAGUCAUUGUUACCGGGAAAAGAUUUGGAGUGGUAUUUCUUUAGCCCUCGAGAUAGGAAGUACCCAAAUGGAUCAAGAACCAAUCGUGCAACAAAAUCUGGAUAUUGGAAGGCCACAGGGAAAGAUCGUAAGGUGAAUUCUCAAACUCGUGCAAUAGGAAUGAAGAAAACCUUAGUUUAUUAUCGAGGUAGGGCACCACAUGGUUCUCGUACAGGUUGGGUUAUGCAUGAGUACCGUCUUGAUGAGAGGGAAUGUGAAACUGCUUCAGGCUUGCAGGACGCAUAUGCUCUAUGUCGUGUGUUCAAGAAAACUGUAGUGAUUGCACCAAAAGUUGGAGAGCACUAUGUUAAUGUGACAAGCCAUGCAAAUCAGAUUACAAGCGAUCAAUCAUCAAGCAUUGAGCUAUACUCUGAUGGAAGAGGUGAAGUUUUAGAAAGCUCAAAUUAUUUGAUGCCGUGGGAUACAUGUUCAUCGCAAAACAUAAAUAGGACCAAUGCCAAUAUUAAUGGUGGGACAAGGGAUAAUGAGACAUGGACACAUUUUUUAUCAGAAGACUUACUCAAUCUUCCAACAUCUUCUUCAUUUCCCAAUUAUGGAAGCAUGACUUACCCUCCAUCAAAGGUAGAUAUAGCACUAGAGUGUGCAAGGAUGCAGCAUAGGUUUCCAGUGCCUCCGUUGGAGGUGCAAGACUUCCCUCAAGUUGGCAUGAAUUUUGAACUGAAGAUGUCACAAGCCUCAGGUUCCAUGUGGGGAAGCCGAAAUGAAACAGAUAUCUUGCAAGAAAUUCUUUCAGUUGCUCAUGCUUCCCAGGAACUAAUAAAUCACUCAUCACAAGCAAUAUUGGGUGGCAAUGAAAAUUAUGUUCCUCAUGAAAAUGAUUUUACUUUUAUGGUUGGCACCAAUUACAAUCAUGUGAAUGAUAUGAACUCCAUGAGAUAUGUUGAUCACAAAGCAUGGGAAGACCCAAAUAUAAGAUCAAUAGAGAUCGGGGAUUUUGAAGAUGAAUUUAAGACAGAUAAGAUGGUGGAUGAUUUAAGAUGGGUUGGAAUGUCAAGCAAAAAUAUAGAAAAGGGCUUCAUGGAAGAGCAAAAGAUUGUUCCAAUUCAGGACAUCUCAAGCUUCCAAACUAACAGGGAAGAAAAUGAGAUGCAAGGAUCAGCGCAACAAAAUGGCAACAACGAACUCAAUGGUACUGAAAUUGAGGAUUUCUCAUUGGGGUUUAUCAAUGAUAGUGACCCCACUGAAAACUUUAUGGAUGAAAGCAACAUUGAUUAUUCAAAUUCUACAAAUUUUGAGGUUGUUGAGGAAACAAAAGUGAGUCAUGGAAUGUUUGUCUCUACUCGUCAAGUGGCUGAUACAUUCUUUCAUCAAAUAACUCCUUCACAAACCAUCAAAGUUCAACUCAAUCCAAUGUUGGCUAACAAUCAAUCUAUAGAGAAUGAAGUAAUGGUUAACCAAGGGUCCUCUUUCCAUAGAAAAUUUAAGACCUAUGUCAUGGGAAAGCUCAUAAAGCCAUCAAACUCAGCAGUAAGUGCCCUUGUAUUCAUCUUUGCACUUCUGUUGGUUCAUUGUGUCCAUUUGAAGGAGCAAGUGGAAGAUUGGAGUAGUGCUAGCAGCAUGAAGAGAAUGGGACAACCAAAUGAGACUACAAUAUUGAAAGAACAAGAAAAAAUUUGGUUUGUUGGUAUUAAAAGUGGGAAAGGAUUUAGUGUGGUCUUGAAGAAGAUAGGCAUUUUCCUUACCAUAUCUUUGGCUCUUUGUACCAUGUGGGCUAAACACAUCAUAGUUAACCCUUGA